AAACGACAAAGAAUCGAUAGUCUAAAUACUCCCGACUUCACAUCAACCUCUCUGACAGCAGUCAACCAUAGUCUGCGCUUCAUUGGAUCGCCUCUAGACCACCAUGCGAAUUCCUGAAUCUGAUAAUAUUUCUAGUUUGUCGUCUUCAUAUGAUUACGUACCAGAGGCAGGCCCGUCUUGCGUCACCUUGGACAAGGCUGGUCAUUCCAAUGGAAUAAAGAAGGAGAAUGGGCCACUCUGCUCCAGUGUCAAAUGGCACUACUUCGAACGGAUCUCCAUCCAUGGGGAAUGGCCUCGCCAAACAUAACUCGUCCAUUAUGCGAGUGUCACUGCCAGGCACCACGCUCUACGACGACCCAUAUCUUGAUCGAGAAGAAUUCGUGAGAUUAGUUAUCCAGAGUCUUAGAGACGUCGGAUACAUAGAAUCCGCUGCCACUCUCGAGGCAGAGUCAGGGUACUCGUUAGAAGCACCUGAGGUGUCGGAAUUUCGGCAACAUAUUCUGCGCGGCGCCUGGGCCAACGCAGAGCCUCUGCUCGUUCAACUCGGGGUGACUGAUGAAGACGCUCUUCUGGAUGCACGGUUUCUCAUUGGGAAGCAGAAAUAUCUUGAAUUGCUGGAGGCUCGAAAGACCACCGCUGCGUUGCAGGUCCUGCGGAAUGAUUUGGCACCUUACAGCACGAUGUCAGAACAGGAAGAACUCCACGUAUUGUCUAGCUUGAUGAUGUGUUCAGGUCCUGAGGAUCUGCGUCGACGUGCAUCUUGGGAUGGGGCGUCGGGAACAUCACGGCGACAACUUCUUGAUGAUCUACAACAUUAUAUACCUUCUUCGAUCAUGAUUCCCCAACGCCGCUUUUCUACCCUUCUCACACAGUCGCGACUAUAUCAGCGACAUCGUUGCCUCUACCACAACUCACCUGCGGACUCGACUUCAUUCUCACUAUUCAGUGACCAUAUGUGCGACAUGGAGGCUUUCCCUCGUAUAACAACCACCAUCCUCGAAGUCCAUUCAGAUGAGGUGUGGAACGUAGCCUGGAGUCACGAUGGUACCCAUCUUGCAAGCGCAAGUAAAGACAAGACUGCCAUUAUUUGGCGCAUUGGGCUCGAGGGAGAACCAUCAUCCCGGGAUUGUAUAGCGGAAUUCAUCUUGCGCGAUCACCCAUAUCCUGUUGGUUGUUUGGCUUGGUCAUUAGACGACUCCAUUUUGUCUACGUCUGCGGACCACCUCAUUUUGCUAUGGAAUACAAAGACUGGAGCUCUGAUGAAGACGCUCGAGAGUCAUGCUGAGACGGUAUCCGCCCUGGUGUGGCUACCCGAUGGCUCAGGGUUUAUGUCAGGCAGCCUUGAUCGCAAGAUCGUAUUAUGGGACAUGGAAGGCGAACUACGGGAAUCAUGGAAUGACGUAGCCAUACGUGUUACUGACGCUGCAGUGACUCCUGACGUGAAGCGCCUGGUCGCUGUUGGGAUGGGAUACAACCCUCCACCAACUUUGGGGUCACUUUCCCAAGGCCAGGUCCGCGAGCCAUCGCCACCUCUUGUAUCCAAUGGCACCGGUAAUUCGAUGGGGCCGCGUUCGUCAGAGAAUCGGAUGAUCGUCUACGAUCUCAAGACAGGACAGGUUGAACUGUCUAUCCACAUGGAGGGUGAACUUACUAGCGUGAAGAUUUCCGAGGAUUCUCGGUAUGCAUUAAUUAACCACGCUCCAGAUGAAAUACAUCUGUGGGACUUGCAAGAGCUCCGGCUUGCACGCAAGUUUACCGGGCAGCGCCAGGGUCACCAUGUCAUCCGCAGUUGCUUUGGUGGCAUCGAUGGCAACUUCGUUGUUAGCGGGAGUGAAGAUCGCAAUGUCUAUGUUUGGCAUCGUGACACGGGGGCACUUCUGGAGGUACUAGAAGGUCACGGCCUUGGAAGUGUGAAUUCUGUAGCCUGGAACCCCCGCAACAAACGCAUGUUUGCAUCGUGUUCGGACGAUGGCACAAUACGAGUGUGGGAGGCACCUGUUCCCGCGGGUGAACUACUUCGGGGGUUCAGCAUCCCUGAGUCAGAGCCAGAGAUGAUUGGGAAGGGAAAGGGCAAAUUCAAGCAACCUUGGGCCUAUAACGAUGGUGUAUUAUAAGUGGACUGGGGCUCUUGGGGACUCGGUGGACAUCAAUGAUCUUUUGUGA